GGCAAGGGCUUUUCCCAUGAUAUUUCUCCAGUGACCUCACCUGCCUUUCACAAAGAUGACUUAUUUCACCUUCCUCCACUUGUCUACCUGGUAAAUAUCUCAGCCUUCCCGAAACAACAACCUUUUCACUCUCGUUGCCUCUCUACCCUCCCGAAUUUCCUUGCUUUUUUUUUCCUUUUUUUUCUUACCCACUGCGUCUCAUUACCUUCCAUUUUUCUCACACCACUUGCCGCCGUUCAGACCUGCUCGGUUCUUGUCAAAACCUCAUCUCACCAUUCCUGACCAUACCUUCCCCUGAGGUAUUUUCCCUCGGAUCUCAUCGCGCCAGACCACACAAAUUUUCCCUUUGUCCCUUUCAGACCUUACUUGCCUCUCUUCAGCACAUGAGAAGGACCAUUCCAGGUAAAUCAUACUGAAAACCCUUUCCCCCUUUUGCGGACGACUAACAUGUACAUAGAAUGUCUUCACCUCCAGACUUUAGAAGGUGGCCCCGGGCCGUCAGGAUGAAGAGGUGGCUAGACUGGGCAAAGUCCCAGAAACUGCCCGCGUUCAGAAACUACCCGGACAAGGCUGCAAGAGUUGACAAAGAACUCAGGUCAGUUUUCUGGGACUUCGACUUGACGGGCCUUCCUCAGCUUGCGGACCAAGAGUGCUGGCAGCGUAUAUACUCUGCACUCCAGUUUCCUGUACCUAACCCCAACGAGCACUACUACAUCACGGCACUCAACGUUGUCGACUGCGAAGUGUCCCGGAUCCUCAACAAUGGAAGCAUGCAUCAGACGCUCGUCGACUUGGCGAGAGAGGCCGGCUUUGACGCGCGCAAAUGCUGCGACCCGUCGCUCUCGAAGGAGCAACGACAAUACAAGCCUCCGAAAGGACCUGAGCAGGUAAACAGUGCUAACGCACUUGACUUGGAGGCAUUCUCUCUCGAGGGGAUGGACAUGAGUGGGCCGCUUAACUACGCAGCUAUCGCGGGGCUCUUCCUUCAGCCAAAGACCAUCAAGGCGAAUAACGAGGCAGCAGCUGCUGCUCGUGAUACUCCAGCCAGCGCUGUCCCGCCCUCGACGGGAAAUGAAGGCGGCUCACAUCGAUGUGCGAGCCCAUCCUCUUUUGUAGGCUCCAGAACUGAGCCAAAGACAUUGGCACAGAUUGCCACGGUGGACGAGAACAGUUGCUUGAAACCGAGCAGGCGGCCUUCGUCGAUUCAAGAGCCAGGCGUUGCUGGAAGACUGUCUUCCGAGGGAACAAUUAGGAACAUCACAGAUCAAACGGCACAGCCGAUGUCCAACGACACAGAUUCGAAGACUACCUUCAACGGAUUUGUCAUUCCAAAGAGACAGCGCGGUGGCAGCGUCCAGCAAGAUAGAGGCAUAGCCGCUGCGAGGCCAGAGUCGAGAUCAGCAACGAGCACAGCCUCGGGAGGAGGGUGUGGUUCCCGACCCGCGCUUCCGAAGCAGCCUCCUGCUGGGCUUCCCUUACACACUCAACGAACUUCGGAACAACAAAGUCGACGAGAAUCGAGUGGUUCCUUGAGCGGCGCUCUACCCCAGCAUGGCGCAUUGGUCAGAAGACCGAGCGGAACUAAAGGGUCCGGACUGUUGACGCCGUCGACCCCACUGCCACAAGCCCCCUCUGGCAAUACUCAGCAACACGGCAGUCUGGUAGUCAAGACAGAGUCUCAAGAGCAAAGUGCUUCACUGGCAGAACACAAGACGGCUAGUCAACCCGUUGGGGUCUCUACCCAGGGAAGCGCCACCCAGGGGCAAGCCAUCACAGCUGCGAUGACGAAGAAGCUGGAGGCGACUAUCGACCAGCAUCUCUUGAUAGCGAUCCGAGGAGUCUACCGCAGCGUUCCAAAAUUGAUGGAGGGAAAGAUACGAGGAUGGCUUGACGGCCAAGAGUACCGUUCCAUGGGAUUUGCUGUUCUCCGGGACGUUGAAAGCGAGACGACGAAGACGGUCAGAGAGUCUCUCAUAACCAAGAUGAAGGCCAUGGAGCAAAUCGUCAAGGGCUCCGAUAACCCGUAUCACGCGGAGUCAGUCCGGGAUACCAAGCGCAAGGCUGACGAGAAGGAUGCGGAAGGAGGUGAUGAGAGUCAACAGGCUGCGAAGCGGCAGCGGGGCGACGGUGUUGGCAGUGGUUGUACCACAUGAACGCACCGGCAGACCGACCGUUCAGAUGUUGACGGUGGAUAACUGGGAGGUGGUAUUUUCGAUACCUAUGGUUGAGUAUGGUCUAAGCUUGACCAUGGAUGAAGAAGGAUACCCUGUUGGGAAUUGUUUUAUCUGGCGUUCGUAUCGGUUGGAUUUGCUUUUUUGAGGAUUACUCAUACCCUUUGACGUAUCUUACGAAGAAACGAGAGACGAGUCGAUAGCAUAAAUGAUUAGCUUACCAGAAAUACUGGUCGGAAGGGUUGAGUGAAGGUUUAACCCAACAAGUGCCAACA